AUGCCGACCAAGGAGACGCAGGUGCACUGGUACGACCUUCCGACGCCGCGGCCACCGUGGCGCAAUGCAGAGGAGUUGAGGCAGUGCGUGCUUGAAAGCAAGCGGAUUGCCGCGCAGAUGGCGCGGCAGCAGUGGCGCAGCGUGUGCGGUGUCGUCCCGGUGCUUCCAAGCUCGAUUCCUCGUGCCAUACCAUCGCGUGCUGAGCAGGUCAGCCGCGCCGAGCGUCUGCGCGGCCGUGCGACGCGGGACAUUGAGCGCCCAGUGCUCUUCCGCCGCGUCGUGCCGGAACCGCACGCCACACCGCUGCAGGUGGUGAACCUCAUCAUGGAACACCUGCGUCAACGCCCAGUGCUGACAGCAGAGGCGGCGGAGGUGACAGAGCGUGUGACGCUUCAUUUCAGCAUGCUGACCCAGUCAUCGCAGCAGCGGGAGGAGGGCGGGGCGUCGCGUCCCCGGUGCAAUCGCGGCGGGGCCGGGUCUCGUGUUGGCGGUGGGGCAACGGAGUCUAUCCUGUCUCAGGUGACGCAGCAAGACGCCACGCGCCUGGCGUUGACGUCUUCGCAGGCGACAAUCGGCGCCAGCGGCGGCACGGCGGGGUCUCUGUCCAUGGCGCUUCAAGACUCCCUCCUGCUGGACACAGUCGCCGAGUUUUGUGCUGUUCGCGGGUUGGUGUUUCGGCGGCUCUCGCGGGCACAUCUUCGAGACAUGCGGCACCGCGUCUCGUCAGUGGAGGCCGUACCGCACCGUCGUGUGGUGGUGCUUGCCGAUCGCCACGACCCGAUCUUUGCAGUGCUGUUUGGGGUGUCGCGCCAAGUGAUGCCGGAGCCGUAUGUGGUGUCCGCGUUGCAGCUGGACGGUAAGACGCCCGAGUCCAUACCGCGCUACCGCAAGGCGGAAGCUCCUGUCACACAAGUGUUCUGCAUGGCGCCGGCACCGGUGCCGUGGCGCCGCAUCACUACGAAUAUCUCGGUCUCAACACUGCGAGACGAGUUUGUCGUGGCGGUGAUUGAACUUGACGAGGCUGGAGAGACGGCAGAUGCAGAUAAGAAUGGGGAUCAAGUCUCGACUCACCGCAGCGGAGCGAAGCGGGGUCGUACCGCGGCUACAAGCGAGGCCGCACUCCCGCGGAGGAUGCAACGGCAGCGACCGGUGGAUCUACUAGGAGGCGAUGAAGAAGAGGGUGAAAUGGGCCUCGUUUCUGAUGCGGGCGAGGACGGCGAUGACGAGGCGGCCAUCUUGAACCCAGCUGCCACCCCGACUGUGCCGUCCUCUUCCGCUACGGAGAGGGUGCCACUCGAGCGCCGAUGGCUCGCUAGUGCCCCGCUGUUUUCCGGCAUGACCCAACUCGCUGAGACGGCUCCCGGUGAGGUGGCGUUGGAGCUGGUGGAUCCCACUCGUGGGGCAUAUGAUCCGCUAUUGAAUCUGCCGCGCUCGGAGGGAGCGGCGCGGAGGCGUGGGUCGCUCCAGCGCGUGUGGUACCGCCGUCUCCUUCCCAAGGGUUCUGCCGACUUUAUGGCGCGCAUGCACACCUACCAGGCAGACGAGUAG